AUGAGUACGACGCAGCAAGAUGCCGCCGCAGCAAACGCCAAUCCGAGCGGCACCAUCAAGACGAGUGUGUCUAUCUACUUCUCAAUACUGGGAGCAGGACUGAUACUAUUCGAGAGUCUUCGUAGACGCUUCCGUCGCGCUUACGACAAUCGUCGUCAAGAGGAAGAUAUUUUCAACAUGUCCACUUUGAAUUCUCGCAGUGAUGGACUGUUUCACUGGGUUCCAGCAGGUUUCCGUGUGUCGGACGAUGAAAUUUUGCAACGAUGUGGAUUGGACACGAUGACAUUCCUUCGAUUCCUGAGACUUGGUCAGAAGCUGGCACUGUUGGCUGUGGGUUGUUCCGCGGUGCUGUUCCCGUUAUAUGCAACGGCUGCGCAGCCACGAGUCGAGCAAGGACUAGUUGACCCACUGACUCGGAUUUCCAUGAGUAAUUUACCUGAAGGGAAUGACAGACUGUGGGCCCCGACAGUCGUAGCGUUUAUUAUGGCAGCAUACGCGAUGAGACUGUUAAUCAGAGAGUAUAAGCUCUACGUGCGAUAUCGUCACGAAGUGUUGGACAGGAUGGAGGCACCACAGUACUCGGUGCUGGUCAAUGACCUGCCACUGCAUCUGCGAACGCGCCAAACGCUCGAGAUAUAUAUGUCUAAGAUUUUCCCAUCGUCGAUCCGAAACGUGUAUGUGGCGCUAGAAUGUGCCACGUUAGAGAUGUUAGUGGACCGACGUGAAAAAGUACGUGGAGCUCUUGAACAUGCGCUGUCAAAGUGCGAGCGAUCACGUAUGAGACCGCGACAUCGAGAGGGGAGAUCGAGAAUUCGGAUGAUGAUGUGUAAAACCGGAAGUCGAGGUUUCGAGGUUGAUAGUAUUGAUCAUUACCAGGACCAAUUGGCAACACUAAACGAGGAAGUCGCGAGAGAGAUUCGAAGUAUUGAUGACGCUCAGGAACAACUUGCGAUUCAAGUCGAGGAACAGGAACGCGAAACUGGAAGUUUUAACGAUGACGAAGAACUGCAGUUGCCAGAAUCUAGAGGAGGCUGGGAAAAAGUGUCAAAGAAGACGAAAGAGCACGAGGAUUCGAAGAGGGCCCCACUGAUCGAUCGUCGUGGACGGGCAGAAGAAUUGCACAACAGUUUUGGAGGUGACGAGGAAGACGACAUUGAUGAGAAGAAAGCGCGCCGACACGACAGAGAAAUGAGUCAGGACGAGCGUGAGCAAGUUCGCAAAGAACGACCGAUCCGGGUGAUGAGGAGAGCAGCGUUUGUUUCAUUUUCGUCGCUUAUGUCAGCACAAGUUGCACAGCAGGCGCUACAGUCUAAGGACCCAGAGUGCAUGACUGUUGUGCCGGCACCGCAUGUGGACGACAUUAACUGGAACAACAUUGGGCUUCGCUAUCGCACACGAUCACUCGGAAUGCUUGUGUCGUCCUUGAUUUCGGCCACAAUUGUGCUAUUCUGGACGAUCCCCACUGCUUUUGUGGCCUCGCUGGCUACAGUUGAGUCACUUCGACGCGCGCUUCCGUUUUUGAACAGGGCUUUCGACGAAUAUCCGCUUCUUCAAGAUAUUUUCAAACAGAUCGCACCGCUUGCUCUUGUGGCGUUGAGUGCGUUGGCACCGAUCGUGUUCAGUUUUCUAUCGGGUAGAGAGGGCCAUCCGUCGAAUACUGAGGUUCGUGCUGCCCUCUUCACGAAACUAGCGUAUUUUCAGUUGGUCCAGAUUUUUUUUGUGACAGUGAUAGUCGGAACCAUCUUGGACAGUCUUAAGGAAAUUCUGGAUCAGCCGAAGAAACUUGUGUCUAUGCUUGGUCGCAGCAUGCCUCAACAAUCGACGUUCUUCAUCUCGUACGUGAUCGUGCAGACAGGAUUGGGCCUCGUGUUGGAGUUGCUACGUGUCGUUCCGUUGAUUUUGUCUGCACUUUAUGCACUUUUGGCUCCGAAACACACGCGACGUGAGCGCAAUUCGCCGUGGUUGGGUCUGCGUGAUAUCGCACAGACCAAUCCGUUUGACCCGACGAACUCUCUUGCCGAUAGCUUUCUGGUUUUAUUGGUCACGCUGACAUUUGCACCGAUCGCGCCUUUGGUUUGUUACUUUACGUGGUUUUUUUUCUUCGUGGCCGAGAUAGUCUAUCGUCGGCAGGUACUCUGUGUGUACAAGCCGACGUGUUUUGCUCUGGGAGCGUACUGGCCUCGUAUGUUUAAGUUUUGCAUCAUCGCUCUCGUCGUUGCUCAGCUCACUCUCAUCGGAAUUUUGUCACUCAAAAAAGCAGCUACUCCAUUGAUCUUUAUCGUUGCGCUCAUCGUUAUCGUGCUGUUGUUCAACUACCACGUUCUCACUCUCUACCCACCGUCGUUUUUCUAUCUGCACCUCGACUCCAAACUUUUAGGACGACGCUUUCCUGUGCCACGGAUGGCAUUUGUGAGCCAGUCGUGCAGCCGCAUUCGUUUUGCCUUGUCGGUUGUCCAGCUGUCUACUAGGCGACGCAAAAUGGAGAAGCAGAUGUGUUCGGCUUCAGCCUGUUCUUCUUUGGUUUGGCACUCUGCUGUGUGA